UUUCACAUGGGGAGACAGGUGGCCACGAUUUAUGGCCUGUUACAGGAAUCGCCCACGUCUGCCGCUUCUAUGAGAGCCAAUUAAAGGUCAGUGCGGACUUGCAUACAUACACACAGUUAUUACAGUAGUGACACUGUAGUUACAUGAAGUUAGUGACAGCAAUAUGAAAGUUUGAAACAGGAGGAAAACGCAUCAAAAAAGUGACAGCUCUCACACAGUUCUCUGUAAAUAAGCACACCACCCCCGCGCUCACCUCACACACACUCACCCAGCCUCUCUGUCUCUAUUUUUCCCCAUUCUCUCUGCUGCACAUGUAUACACAGUCACACACCCAGUCUCACACCGCGAGCGAGCCAGCUAUUCGCUCCUCACUCAAACCCUCAAGUCUUACCAAGCUCAGCUCUCCCUGCUCAGAGGCAGACAGGAGCAACACAGCAGCCUGUUAAAGGAGUUGAAGAGAAGGAGCAGUGGAGUCAGGGAGAGAGACAUAGAGAAGAAAGAGGGAGAGGGGGAUGAAAGAGUGAAGGGAGAGCCAAGCAGAGAGAGCACUGUUCUCCAUAUGCUGAGGACUUAUGGGCGGUUGAACAAGCUGCCCCCACUGAAGCCUCCUGACUCAUGGGAGCGUCAGCCCCCGAUCCCCCAGAGAACCCGCAAACGCUGCCGAACCACGCGUAACAGAGAAGGAGGGGAGAAAAAAAGUCAGUGGAGAGGGAAGAAAGCCACAACGGUAGGCUGUCCCACUCAACUGCCGUGCCGUGAUGACGUCAGAGGACAUGUGACCCGGGCUCUCCAGUGACGGCACAUGGAGGGCAGGAAAGAGACGAGUUUUAAAGCUGGUGCCUUUUGGGUUGUGUGAGGGCUCUUUCUCGCUUCCCAAACAACCACAGAACCACAGACGUGCGGCUCGGGGUUGGUGUUUGAGGGCGACCCGGAGUGUAAAUGGUUAAUCGUCGCGGGCCAGCACCAGUCACAAGGACGGCGCUAAGCGAGUAAGUACGUUCCAACCACACUCGCCAAGCAAGCAAGUCCGACACCAUCUGAUCUAUCCGCAAAGACGAUAUUUGCCUCUGCAAUUUUUUUUUUUUGCUCUAUAAAACCAGAACCUGGUUGUUACUUGUGGUCAUCUAAAUAGUUGAUACGUAAAAGCAUGUCUUGUGGAUGAUUUUUCCAUUUUUUUUUCUUCAUGACACGCUGCGUGCUCUUGGUUUAGGACGUGUCAAGGGUCACGGAAACCACAGAGGAACAAAAGUGGGGCUUGCUGCGACCAGAAGCAGCUAUGGCAUCUAACAGCCUCUUCAGCACAGUGACACCAUGUCAACAAAACUUCUUCUGGGAUCCCAGCGCCAGUCGGAGGUUUAGUCCGCCUUCAAAUAGCCUCCAGCCGGUCCCAGGGAAGAUGAACGAUGUGAGCUCUCCAGCGGGGCAGACGGACUCAGCUGCGGUGCCGAGACUGCGCCCCCACGAGAACCGCAGCAUGGCCGAGAUCAUCGCAGACCACCCGGCCGAGCUGGUUCGGACCGACAGCCCCAACUUUCUGUGCUCCGUCCUGCCGUCCCACUGGCGGUGCAACAAGACGCUGCCUGUCGCCUUCAAGGUGGUUGCCCUGGGAGACGUAACCGAUGGGACUGUUGUGACCGUCAUGGCGGGCAACGACGAGAACUACUCCGCCGAGCUGCGGAAUGCCUCUGGUGUGAUGAAGAACCAAGUAGCGCGCUUCAACGACCUUCGCUUCGUUGGCCGCAGCGGCAGAGGCAAGAGCUUCACGCUGACAAUCACGGUAUUCACCAACCCGCCACAAGUGGCCACUUACCACCGAGCCAUAAAGGUCACCGUGGACGGACCACGUGAGCCCAGGAGACAUCGUCAGAAACUCGAGGACCCUCCAAAGACUGGGCUCUUCUCAGACCGCCUCAGUGAGCUCGAGAGGAUGAGGGUGAGGGUGGCCAUUCCCAAUCAAGGCCCCCGGCAAAGUCUCAACACAGGGCACAACUCCUUCAACCCGCAGGGACAGACGCAGAUAACAGACCCUCGUCAGUCCCAGUCCUCUCCUCCCUGGUCGUAUGAACAGACGUACCCGUCCUACCUGAGUCCCAUGGCGUCCCCCUCCGUCCACUCCACCACCCCCCUCUCCUCCAGCCGAGGCACGGGCCUGCCUGCCAUCAGUGACGUGCCUAGACGAUUGCCAGGUUCUUCUGACUUGAGCCCGUUCCCGGGUCAGUUUGAGCGCCAGUUCCCGAGCCUCUCCUCCAUCACAGAUAGUCGUUACACGGGCCCUAGGAUGCACUACCCGACCGGCUUCACCUACACCCCGCCCGUCACCUCCGCCAUGUCGCUGGGCAGCGCGCACUACCAUACCUACCUUCCCCCCCCAUACCCAGGCUCCACCCAGAGCCAGAGCGGCCCCUUCCAGACCAGCAGCACGCCCUAUCUCUACUACGGUGCGUCCUCCGGCUCCUACCAGUUCUCCAUGGUUCCCGGCGGGGAUCGUUCGCCCUCCAGGAUGAUCCCGCCUUGCACUAGCGCCUCCACGGGCACCUCCCUGGUGAACCCCAACUUGCCCAGCCAGACGGAGGGAGGCGUGGACGGCGACGGGAGCCACAGUAACUCCCCGACUGUCCUCAACCCCGGGGGCCGCAUGGAUGAAGCCGUCUGGAGGCCGUAUUGAAGAAAACCAAAGGGGGACGGAGAGGGGAAGUCAAAUGAUGUCAUGGUUUGAAAGCACAAAACCUUUAUUUUUUAAUUAAAAAGGGGAUUUUUGAGCUCUCAUCAGCUAUCUCUUCCUGGUACUUGGAAAUGAAGGUUGAGAUAAAAAAAGAAAAAAAGCCAGACUUGUAUGGACUCGUCUUCCUGGAAUGUGUUUUGACCAAGGCACUACAAAGGGAGUCAUUCUCACAGCAAUAAUGAGACAAGACAAUUGUGGUAUACUAGGCCCAAGUGGAUGAGACAUUCUUUAGAUUUCAUUAUAAUCCACAAGCUAAGGGAUGCUUCAACAAUAUUUGUAUAAGACUGCCUCUUUUGUAUUGUGUUUGUAUUUCAAUAAGGCUUUUUGCAGAGCAUGUUUUUGUACUACGACAAUAUCAAGAUGCAAGUAAGGCACUGAGUAGCAAGUGAUGAGAGUAACACAUAUGUUACCUCAAGUGGUAUGGACAGUAAAUUUGCUUUAAACCAUUUAAUUUAACUUGUAUAUUGUGGGUGAAACUUGGAUGUAGAUUGAGGCGUUUUCUUAGUUUUAACUUAUAAAGCCAUAAAUUAUGUAUUGUAUUUGAAACUUGAGUCAAAGAAGUGUAAUCUGAAUAUUUUUGAUGCAUCUAUAUGACUAAGUUAAAAUUAUGUUAUUUUCUUUUCUUUUUGAUAAGUAAUUUAAAUAAGUGAGAGCUUUUAAUUUCUUUUGUAGUACCCAAAGAUUUGAAUCGUUUCGAAUAUGAAAUGUAAUUUCCAAAGAGUAUUGCAACAUGUUUUCUCCUGGUGUAACUUUCAGUUUAACUGCUCCACACGUUAAGAGCCCGACAUACUCGCUAGGCGUUGACACACAUUUGGCUCGGAAUGAAACCUUUGGUAUUUAUUGAGCAAUAACUCGUAUUGUGCCUCUUGGCAACAAACCAUGAUAGAGAGCUUCAAUGGGGGAACAAAUAAUUAUCCUUUAGGGGGAAUUCGUUCUGAUUUCUUUCGUUGGUCUAGUCUGACAUGCACACAGAUACAUAUGAAUCUUCUUGUCCAAAUAAGAAAUGGUACAUUUAUACAAACUCUAUAAUGGUGCCACGCCUAAUGGUGCACUCAGCGGGUCAGACUUUAAGGUUUGCUUCUUUUACGAUACAUGAACUCCUCAGGACUGGAAUUAUCCAUUGAUCUCAAAUCAAUACAGAUUUUGUAGAUCUGCAUAUCUUUUUUUUCAUAUCCAAUGUGGCUGAAUCAUCUGUCAAGAUUAUCAGAAAAAACAUGCCAAGUCUAUUGUAGCGUUCAUAUCAUGUGCAGAAGAUAGCUUUGAAAAAGUUUGUCUUAGUGUGUGACACACACGGGUACUUUGUUUGUUUGAAUUGAUCUCUUUCAGUCUCUGAGACUGGAAGAGAAAUAUCACCGUUAAAGACAAAGAGACUGUGACAUUCCUUCAGACAUUUAUUUAUUUUCCUUAUUUUUGUUGCUUUUGUUGACAUGGUUUACCUAACCGAUUUCUCCUCACUUAUCCGAGUCACAAUCUAAAAUCAUUCUGUGGCAACAGUUUGAGGCAGAGGUCUGAUAUUUUCCCAUUUAAAAUGAAUAUGUGAGAUUUUUAAAUAAGUGUUGGGGUUAAAAGAAAAAAAAGCGCAGAAACCGAAAUGAUUGGAUGCAGCUGCUGGCAGCAAACUAGUAACCAAAAAAUAUGGGAGACUUGUGUAUGUUUGUUUCAUAAAGCACUUAUUUCUUGUUUUAUUUUCUAGCAGCACUUGCGGCAGGCUGCCAGCAGGGCUCGUGGUUUUGGUCCUCAGUGCAGAUAUAACACCAGUGGAGUCAAACAUACACACACACAUAUGCACACUCAAAAUGGAUAACACUUGGCCAAACAAGCCAUUUACAUUGGAGUUGAAUCUGAUCUCACUAGGCAGUUGGUAUUUGUUUGAAAAAAAGCGUUUUUCUUGCUUUCAUACAAUAUGAUAUUCAGUGCAUGAAGGUAAUAUAAUAACCCAAUUUGAAAAAGCUGAGAAAAACAUGGCCCUGUCCAAGGAUCAGACUUCAAGCUUUUCAUUGAAGGUUUGCACGCAGCGCCUGUUUUCCAGUCUCUGCAGAGGAUGUUCUGAACUCACUUAAUGGAAUUGAACAUGUCAAACUACAUUUCCCCAACUGCUCCAGCCCAAACGAAAAAUCAUUUUGCUGUUACAGUGUAACACGAGAAAGCAAAUAAAACAUUUUAGAUUGUUGUGAUUUUAAAGCUUUUUUCCAAUACAAAUUUGGUUAAUGUCUCCAUAGUAACUAUGCACAUAUGUUGGACCUUUUUUUAAUCAUCUUUUUUCUUUCCAAACUUUAGGCAGGAAAUGGUCUUUUAAAAACUGUUUACACAUCAAUGCAGCACUGACAUCCCAGUUUGUUCUUAUCUGCUUUUGUUAGUGUUGUGUUCUUUUUCAUCAGAACACAAGAGGUUUGUCAUUUUUCUUUCCUUUGGUUAAAUGUUGUAUAAAAACUGUCAUCAAAAACCUUGUAUUAUUUAAUGAUCCACAUGUAUGAUAUCCAGGAACCAUACCUUACCCUGCUCUUAUGUUACGUUUACUUGUUAUGUAUAUUGUUAUGCUUCUUCUCUCAUGAACACUUGUCAGGAAACUAAAGCUAAUGGAGACCCCAUUAGAUUUUGCUGGUACGUUUCACAAACAUCAAGUACGUUUUUUUUUUUAAAGGGACACACAGACCUGACAACAUUGAGUGAAAUUGGCAUUGUGAUUGUACAUGUUGUUGGUUUUAAGAAUAAAAUAGGAAUUUUGUA